CCUGAGAGCCAGCUGGAGAAUAAGGAAGGAAGGCGUGCUGAAUGAAAACAGAUACUUUUAUUUAUUAUUAUAUUACUUAGAGCAGUUUUCUCCAGCUGAUUAGAAAUCUCCAAAGAACAAAUCCAACAGGAGGAUGCACGAAGAUGUGUUUUGCGUGAAGAUGUGGACGUGAGAAGGUUUCAGCUGCUCAGACACGACAGCGUGGAGCAGGAUGGGUCACAGCAACGUGCCUCCCACCUACAGCUGCUCUCGUCCACAGACGGACACGAGCAGGUCCAGUGGACUGAAGCCGUGCACGGUCAGCUGCAACGACAACCUGAACAACGCAUUAGGAACCAUCAGGGUUCUUGGUCUGGAGCCGAUCGAGCAUGAACUGAAACCACACCUGAACACAGUGCUGGCCGACAUCAAGGAGGGAAAGAAGGGCGCUGCUGAGCAGGUGGUGGUGAGCGGGAUCCUGCCGAUCCUGGCUCUGUCUCUGAGGAGCCGAGGGCCCCUCACUCUGCUGACGGCAAAACUAGUGUCCGAACUCGCCAAGGAAUCUGUGGUUCGUAAAGGUUUUGGCGACGCGGGCCUGGUGACGGCUCUGCUGUCGGUGUUGACCAGCACGGACCAGGAGCUGCUCCUUCACGCCGCGAGGGCCAUCGCACGCAUGUCGUACGACAGCUCGAAGCAGCAGGAGCUGCUGCUGCGUCGAGGGGCGGUGCCGCGGCUCGUCGCCAUCCUGCUUCGGUUCCCCGACAAGGGGCCGCUGGAGGAGGUCUGCCUCCAGGCCCUGUGCAGCAUCAGCGGCAUGGGGGUGGCGGAGGGGGCCGGCAUGGUCUGGGAGAGGGGAGCGUCUGUGAGGCCGGACGAGUCGGUGUUCCACGGCGUCUCGCCUCACACCUGCGGUUUUGCCUCUUCUGUGAUUCUGGUGCGAGUGUCUCGAUGGGCGCCGGGUCAACACACGGUCAACAUCGAGGUCUUCCAGCGCUGCUCCUCCUCUUUCUGGAGCCUUCACGGGAACCAGCGGACUGCUCACUGGUUCCCACUCUCCAGUUGGGAGAGUUUUUCAAAUCUGUACAAGAUGAUCAAGUUCCCAGGGAGGAAUGUUCCUUGGAUAAAAAGUCUGAAAACUAGCAUGUUCCAAACUUUUCUCUGAUGGAGGAAAUGAGAACUGACAAAACCUCUGUGAUCUCACCACUGAUCCUCGAUACUCACCAACACACCAUGAAUGUUUACAGCCAAUAAACCUGCACAGGGAUUUCUUUAUCUGUGCUCCCGAUGUUUUGGUUUUAUAACAAUAUAGUAUAUAUGUAUUUUCUCCUUACUGUUGUUAUUCCUUGGCUCAUUUUGUAAGAAGAAGAGUAAACUUCUCCACCACCUGCUUCCAGUACAACCCAGUUGGUGGCAGUUCAUUUUAACUGGUGGAGCUCUUAGGGGACAAUGAUGUUCUGUUAGGUUUCUGUGCAAAUAGUUAAAUCAGAAAUAAGGGUUAGAAAAUAAAGCAAAACAAAUAAACAAGCAAAAAUGCUUGAAAAAUUAUGAAUUCAUAUUCUCGGCAGCUAUUUGCUCUUUAUGAUAUAUAUAUUUUUAUUAUAGAUCAUUUGAUUGGAAUCCAACUUUAAAUAAAAAAAAUGUAACAUUUAAUGUGCACGUGUAUGAACAGCAGAUAUACUUUUUUUAUAUUGUUUGCACACAAGUAACAUGUACUGGAUAAUAUCCAGUACUCGAGCCACGACCUUCCAGAGUAUAUAGAACUGUUGUCAUUUGCAUAUAAUUUAUCAGGUAACAUUUAUCUUUCUCUUUCAUUCACAUUAUUUGUUCAACAUGUUUCUAAAUCUAUUACUGAUGUAUCUGCAGCUCUUCCUCCAUCACACAUCACAUCACACCACGGCACCAUGUCUGUUCUGUCUGACCUAAUUUGUUUGAGUACUAAUUGUGUGAAACUUUUAAAAGUACUUUGGGUCGACAACUCUUAACCUCCACCAGCGCUCCAGCCUCCCACAGGCGCCGCGUUGACAGGAGCCUCAAACAGCGGCGAGCAGCGAGCCCCACAAACGCUCCCUCCCAGAAGCCCCGGCUCGUGCUAAACGCUCAGCUGCUCGUGUGCAGCACUUUGGUCUGUAAUUUGAUUCAAAUGGGUUUUGGACUCCAGGGGAAAACGUUUCUAUGGAAGUUGUGGGAACGCAGUCAGAAGGAAACCCAGGGAGGACACAGGCUAAUGGCUCCGGGCUUAAACUCGCUCCACCUAAAUGUACCAGGCUGGUUUGGUUUCAAUGCAGCCUUGAUGGGUCCUUUGCACAUUCAUCCUGACCUGACUCUUCUCUCACUCACUUUGUUAGUCAGUGGACUGAAGCAGCUUGACAGGCGACCACUAGAUGGCGUGUAUGUGCUUUGUGGAAACCAGUGUCACAAUUAAAGAAAUGGAGUUUGUGACUUUGCCCAGAACACAUGGACCGAGUCUAAUAACGACGAGCAGAGGAGAAUCUCUGAUAUUUACAUGGAUUUAAUUGGUUUGCUGUCCCCCCCCGCUGAUAUGAAAGCUGUUUGUGGUCUAGUCUGAGUUAAAUUGAACGCCUGCCCUUUGAUUGUAAAUCUGU